GUCAGUAUUUACAAAGGCCAGUAUACAGGAAGUCAAACUUAUAACAGCUACGAUAACAGUUGUGGACAUAAACCACAUAGGUUACAGUCUGAAAAAGAGAACAGCGGGCCGCUUUUUUUUCUGGCCAGUUAGCCAACUAGCUUGUAGCGAUGGACAAGCUUCGUCGUGUGCUAAGCGGCCGAGAGGACAACGAGGAACUGGGUCUCACUGCACAGGUCCUUGAUGCCAGCACUCUCAGCUACAGCACCAGGGUGAAAUGGUUCGUCAUCUGCUUUGCUGCAGGCAUCCUGUGUUCAAUACUUGGCACAGCACUGCUGUUCCUUCCAAAUGGCUUGAAGCUCUUUGCAGUCUUUUACACACUAGGGAAUGUUGCAGCUCUUGCCAGCACCUGCUUCCUAAUGGGACCACUAAAACAGCUGAAGCGCAUGUUUGAACCAACACGACUGAUAGCAACCAUUGUUAUGCUGCUCUGCCUGGUCUUAACACUUUGUUCAGUGUUUUGGUGGGAAAAAAAGGGACUGGCCAUCAUCUUCUGUAUUCUGCAGUUUCUGGCAAUGACGUGGUAUAGCAUCUCUUACAUUCCAUUUGCCAGGGAUGCUGUGAUCAAGUGCUUCACGACCUGUCUGAGUUAGGACUCCAAAGUCUACAGUUUCCUAUCAAGACUGGUCCUAAUAUGCAAACUGCGAACAAGAGGCUUUGUAAAAUAUACAUGAUACUGUAUAUACACUAUUUCCAAAUUUUUAUUAUAGCUUUCAUACUGUGAAGUCUUGCUUUUUAAGUGUCACUCAAGGUCUAUAACUAUCACCAGAUAAUAGGUAUCAGUCUUUUGCUUUUGACAUGAGUAAUGAGUGCCUUUAAUGGCUAAUAUAUUUAAAGAUAUUCCUGAAUUUUCUGAGUGUAUUUAUGCCAUUUAAGUGCAGAAACUGAUGCUGAGUCUGGUAUGUGGUCAAAUACAACAAAAGUGCCUUCUGAUUAUAUGCAGCAGGAAGAAAAUAGUUCAAAUAUAAGUCAGGUUCUAUAUUUGCAUUUUGAGCAGUAUACAAAUUAAUUGUCAUCUGGCGUCCUACAUGCAAACGUUGUCAGAGCAUUAUCUCUCUCUCUCUCUCUCGUGCAUGUGUGCGUGUUUGUGUGUGAGUUGUGUGAUGUAUAAAGAGGCUCUCAGAUGCUAUUCCAUGUUGAUGUUUUCCCUUUGGCAAUUGUGUCACUGCUUCACUGAUGAUGCACUGAAAUAUGAUUUUUUUUUUUUUUUUCUCCUCUACAGCUAAACAGAAUUUAAAAAGCACUCAGUCUUCAGUGUAUCAUGUGAAAUCAUGUUAAAAAUGCUUCUCCUUUUUAGGUUGAUUUCCUGCCAGAUGUAGCAGUGACCCAGUUAAUUACGCUUUUCUGAGCAUUGUGAUUUUUACAUGACCUAAUAACCCAAUAUAGCUGGCAUCGCGUUCCCCUAUACCGCUUCAGCAUGAUGGUGUAGCCUUUGAGGAUGUGGUUGUCAUGACAACCUCCUCCAGAACACUCAUAACCUCUUCCUACCCCCAUUUGUGGUGCAGAUGUUCA